ACGGAAUAAAUGUGUAACUGACAUGUAUAAUCAACAGAUGUUGACUUGGACUUGGAAAAGAAAUUCAUGCUUGACAAGACUUAUGGCAUAUUUUGAACAAGCAACAUAGAGACAACAUCCUGCAACUUUGGCUUGAUAAAGCAAUAAAUGACUGGGAAUUUCACCAUAUGUGGCACGUUAAUCUAUUAAACGCCAGCAAUGGCCAAACAAGGAUCUGGCAGGAAAAACCCACAGAUCGAACUUUUCAUUAAGGCUGGUUUCGAUGGAGAGAACAUAGGAAACUGUCCCUUUUGCCAACGGCUCUUCAUGGUUCUGUGGCUGAAAGGAGUUGUCUUUAAUGUAACAACAGUGGAUAUGAAAAAGAGGCCAGAAGAAUUGAAGGAUUUGGCUCCUGGUACUAAUCCUCCAUUCCUCAUCUACAAUGGAGAGCUGAAAACUGAUUUCAUCAAGAUUGAAGAGUUUCUUGAGGAGACACUUGCUCCACCCAGAUACCCGCAUCUGACUCCACAACAGCCAGAAUCUUAUGCUGCGGGCAGUGACCUCUUUGCCAAAUUUUCAGCAUACAUCAAGAAUGCAAGGAAAGAUGCCAACGCAAAAUUUGAAAAGGCCCUGCUGAAGGAGCUGAAAAGGCUGGAUGACUACCUGAAAGAACCCCUUCCUGAUGAGAUCGAUGCCAAUAGUUCAGAGACGAUCCUUGUUUCCAAGCGCAAGUACCUAGAUGGAAAUGAGCUGACACUAGCGGACUGCAAUCUACUACCGAAGCUGCACAUCAUCAAGGUGGCUGCAAAGAAGUUUCGUAAUUUUGAGAUUCCUGCAGAAAUGUAUGCUCUCUGGCAUUAUCUGAACAAUGCAUAUAAACGAAAUGAGUUUAGCCAUACUUGUCCAACCAAUGAAGAAAUUGAACGAGCCUAUGCUGAUAUUGCUAAAAACCUGCAAUGAAGAGAAAUUGACUCGCGCAAGAGUUCCAAUGUAAUUGCUCAAACAUCCACAACAUUAUUUGUUAAACAGACAAGUGAUAGGGAAAUCUGUAUCAGCCCUAUUUGUUCUCAAUGCUGUUCUAGUGAGACACCUGUUCAAUUGCUUUAAUGCUCUUCACUGCUACCACUCCUAUUCUAUUAUUCAGUGGGGGCUCAAUAGUAAUGAAACGUCCAACUAUUGCAGUCUUGCACUUCAAAGUGACAUGUUAAACUCACUUUGCACAGAUACAAAACGGUCUUAAAAAUAAAACAGAGAAAUAAAGAUAGUCAUCAGCCUUGAGCCUAAAUAUCAUAGGCACUUUCCAGCCUGCAAGUUUCCUCAACAUGCAGCAUUUAAACUCUAUCUGCUUUCAGGUAUUUGGAUUUUGAGGUCUAAAAGGUAGAGAAUUCCCUUUGGGCAACAAUGCAAGACAUAUGUACUACCCAAUAAAAUCUCCCUGUGUUUAGAAAACAGCACCUUGCCUGAUUCACUGUUAAAAGUCCAUAGAUGGCUAACUGUCUUGUUAAAAUACUUCAAGAAUGGUCCUGUUCAUAAUUGCUUCAGAUGGAGCUGAAGCUCAGUAAUGUACCAAAAUGUCUCCUCAUUUAUCGUAGAAUCCCCUCAGUGUGGAAACAGGCCCUUUGCCCCAACAAGUCCACAACAAGCCUCAGAGCAUCCCACCCAGACCCAUCCCUCUGUAACCCACCUAGUCUACACAUCCCUGAACGCUACGGGCGACUUAGCAAAACCAAUCCACCUAGCCUGCACAUCUUUGGAGUAUGGGAGGAAACCGGAGCACCCGGACGAAACCCACACAGACACAGGGAGAACGUGGAAACUCUACACAGACAGUCGCCCAAGGGUAGAAUCAAACCCGGGUCCCUGGUGCUAUGAGGCAGUGGUUGUAACCACUGAGCCACCGUGCUGCCCCAAUUUAACCACAACCUUGACCAAUUAUCUUCAGUUGCUCUAUCAAUGACCUUCUCUCCAUCAUACAAUCAGAGGUUGGGAUGUUAGCUGAUAUUUGCACAAUUUUCAGAAUUAUUUUAAACUCUUCUUACGUGGAAGCAGUCCAUGUCCAAAUGCAGAAAGACCUGGAUAAUAUUCAGGUUUAGGUUGACAAUGAUAAGUAACAUUUAUCUCACAUAAGUACGAGGCAUUGAUCAUCUCAAACAAGAUCAUUGCCCUUUGAUGUUCAACGGUAUUAGCGUGACUGAAUCCCCCAGUAUCAACUUCCUUGAGGCUACCAUUGACCAGAAACUCAACCAGACCCAUCAUAUAAAUACAGUGGCUGUUAAAGCAGGACAGAGGCUAGGGAUCUUCCAGCAAUUCACUCACCUCCUGACUCCCAAAAGCCUGUCCACCAUCUACAAGGCACAAGUCAGAUUGUGUUGGAAUGCUCCCUACUUGCCUGGAUGAGUGCAGCUCCAAUAACACUGAAAAAAACUUGACAUCAGCCAGGACAAAGCAGCCUGCUUGUUUGGCACUACAUCCACAAAUAUUCAUUCCCUUCACCACCAAUGCGCAGUAGCAGCAGUGUGUACUAUUUAUAAGAUGCAUUGCUGAAAUACACUAAGACUCCUUGGACAGUACCUUCUAAAGCCAACAUAUGUUAUUGUCUGAAAGGACAAAAGCAGCAGAUACACAGGAACACCACCACCUGCAAGUUCCCCUCCAAGUCCCUCAUCGUCCUGGCUUAACAAAAUUAUAUAAAAACCGAAAGAAUUGUGUAUGCUGUAAAUCAGGAACAAAAACAAAGUUGCUGGAAAAGCUCAGUUCUGAGGAAGGGUCACCAGGCCCAAAACGUUAACUCUCUUUUCCCCUUCACAGAUGCUGAGAUACCUGCUGAAUUUUUCCAGCAACUGUGUAAAAAAUUAUAUCACCAUUCAUUUAGUUUCACUGAGUCCAAAUGGUGGAACUCCCUUUCUAACAGCAUCUUGAGUUAGUCUACAGCAAUUAGAUAAUGAAUGCUGGCCUGGCCAGCGAUGCCCAUGUCCCAUGAAGAUAUCUUUUAAGAACAUUCCUCCUCCAGCUUUUCUACUCCAUCUCCAGGUGUGUGAACCUGUUCUAGCAACUUUCCAUUUUUACCUUGAAAUCUUUCCGUGAACUUGGUCCUGUCUAAGUGUGUAGGUUCCUCCAGUGCUACAACUCCCUGAGAUCUCUGUACUUCUCCAAUUCUGGCCCACACAUAAAUCACUCAACAAGUGGUGGCCAUACUUUUAACUGUCUUGUUUUGAAGCUCUGGAAUAUUUGGCCUAAACCUCUGCAAGCCUCUAUGUCUCACUCUUCUUUUAAUGUACUCUAAAAAACUUGCCUGUUCGAACAAGCUUUACAUGUAUUUUCCUGAUUUCUCCCUCAAUGUAUCAAUGUCAAAAAUGUUUUUAUUGAGAUCACUCCUUUUUGGUGAUUUCAAAUGUUUUAGUGUCAUAAAUAUGCUACAUAAAUGUAGGUUGUUGUUCUCUGCUGGGGGACUGAAUCCCAAAUCAACUGCAUUACUGACAGCUUAUAAAUAAAAUUUAGUUAACAAUGAGUUCAACAUAGUUAAUCCACAAACAAUGCUAUUGAGGACUGGUUGCAAUAAAUUUUACUUUUAAACAAAAACUCAAAAUACAUGCAAUCACGGUGGCUGUUUGUUGUAUGUUGAAGUGUAUCUUAAAAGUGCAUCUUGCUAGUUCUUAGUACUCAAAGGUAAUGGCAUUGUUGGAAAGAGAAUCAGCACCGGUUGGUGACAUUUUAAAUAAAAAAAUUCUUCUCAUCUGUUCUGGCAUGGAAAAUAUGAGGUUAAUUGGGCCCACGGAAAACCAAGGACUAGCAAAAGCACAAUGAUAAACAAACUUCAAAGUUCAUUAUGAAGCCCAAAUCUCUACAGAACAUUAUGGAGCAUUCAAUCACUGUGAUACGACAUUGUAUGGUACUCUAACUCAACUCUACAGAUAGGCCAUCUCUCUAUGUCUAAAUCAAAUUUACAUAUGUGAGACAGAGAGCAACUUGGCAGCAAUUAAUCGACACCAAACCUGACAGGUACUGCCUGCUCUAACUGAGCCCCCACUCAAAGUAAUCCACCAAACAAAACCAGCUGAGCAAAAGAAAAGUGAAACUGCAAUUUCUAACUCGUAACAUCGAAAACGUCUGUUUUUAAUUUGUGUUAGUGACAUUUUCUGUAAUUUCCGAAGGCAUUUUGUUUGACAUUGAAUUGCUAAUAUAGAGAGCUGCAAAUAGUUGAUAAAGAUGCAAAAUUUUGAUGCCCUGUAAAAAUAAAUGUACUUUAGAUUAACAUGUCACAUAAUCCUGAUUUUUUAAACUUAGAAAUGAGAUGAAUGUAUCCCAAGCAAAGAUUGUUCCUCUGUUAGUGUUAAAGAACCAUAAACAUAUAUCAUGUUGUGAUAAUAUUGUGCAAAUGUGGAAAAAUCGUAUUGUCAUGUAGCAUAUCCUUUAAUAAGAGCCUGAAACUAUCUUGCUGUAUAUUAAAGAAUUACAUUGUU